AUGGAGGAACGUCCUGACCCUGUGGAUGUGCCCGUCAGCGCACCAUCCGAACCAUCCACCAGCAUCCCUGAACCGGCACUGCCAACGGGGAAACCGAUCAUUGCCUCUGCUGCAAUCGAUGCCACUCUGAGAUUUUUGGCAAAUGCCAGUAAUGAGACACUCGGAGCCUGCGCCGUGGGCUUGUGUGCCUCUACCUAUCUCGUGCUCGGCCGGGUUGGUCUGGUCUUGAUUGGCGCAGUCGGCGGAAUCGUCCUCCACGCUACCUGGGAGAGUCAGCAUAGUGGAAGAUCAAAUGCGGAGAGUCGUGACUUAAAUCGUCGAAGAAAAGAGCUCGGGAUUGAAGUGGCACAGAGAAUCCUCGACUGGCGAGAGAGAAGACAAAAGGAAAAGCAAGAAGAAAGUGUUUUUGACGAUCCCCGCGUCGAGAUUGAUCCCACCACGAAAACACUGGACUAUUCCGACUUCCCUCCGGAGACCGGACGGGCCCUGACCAGCUUGACCGAUGCCGUUGUAAGAGACUACGUGAAGUGGUGGUACAGUCCACUUCUUCCGAGAGAACAAUCCUUCCCAGCCAGCUGCAGACAAACCCUCACGAGUUUCAUCAUCUCCUUCUCCAACCAUGUUUCGCGCAAACGAGCCGCAGAUCCCUUCUUGGAUUUUCUAUCAAAUUCCACUUCGAUCGUCAUCGUCUUCCUGAACGAGCUGGGUGCGGCUUUGAAGGCUUCGCAGAAUCAGGAUGCCGAGACGGCCAUCAAGACAUACUUACGGCUUCAACCGGAGAGUAGCUUGGCCAAUGUGUUGAGCAGAGAGCAACAAGAACGCAAACUCAAUCUUGUUGCUGACGACAUCUUGCAAAAUUUCCUCGACCCUAAGGCGUACAGUUAUCCUCCGGUCAAAAUUUUCCUGCGCGAGGUGCUAUCCGGUCUCGUUCUGGAAACUACGAUUGACAUGUGUUCCAGACCGGAAUGGAUCAAUGGAUGGAUCGUUUAUCUGCUACAAGAUGGAGAACCCGAGAUCAUGAAUGUUAUCGACGCGGGAGUAGAAGAUAUGAGUGGAGCCAUGUCGCAAGCAAAGACAGAUGCUGAUUCGGGAAAGGGCCAUAGUAGGCGAGUGAGCAGGGCUGAAGAGGCGAUGCAAGAAGCCAUGCGAGAAGCUCAAAGACUCAACGAGAUGAUUGCUGAGGAUGAGGCCCGACGGAAGCAUGGAUUGGUUCCAAGCGAGCAUGAGGAAACCAGCUCGGUGACAACAGAUGCGGGAAUGGCGACUCCUACAUCGUCGGACAGUGACCGGAAUCGACAGGGAGAACGGUCAACGGAGUCGUCUACGGUCUUUGAUAUCGACGGCAAUGCAAUCGCUUCUAGCCGCCCCAGUCCAAGCAAAGAGCAAGCUUCCUUUACCGACUUUGAUCAGCUGGGCGAUUGUAUCCAAACCCCGGUACAACCGGUAUCUGUCGCUCCACCACCGGCCGAGGUCAUGGUGGCAAUGCCAUUGACGUUGUACAACGCGUCCCUUACAAUCAUGGAUCUCAGCGACGGGCCCGAGAGGUCCUCAUUCAAACAAAAACCCAACAAUGAGUAUCUGCUGCAAAUCGAACCAGCCUCACAACGAUAUCCUGGAUGGAUGGUGACUCGCCGGUAUGCAGAUUUUGAGCCGCUUCAUAAAACCUUGACUACGAUUGCUCGCCUCUCGGGUGUCCCUGAGUUUGGACAACAGUAUCCCACCCUACCUGGCUGGAAGGGACAGACCAGUUCGGGUCUGUUGCAAAGUUUGGAGAACUAUUUGCGGUUCUCUCUCAAGUUCGAGUCCUUGGCAGAGACCGAAGUGAUGAAGAAAUUCCUGGAUAAAGAGACAGGUCUGCAAAAGGCUCCCGCCCAUAGUAAAAAUGUUCUGGUUCAGGGGGGAGCAGCCUUGGAGAAUGUCGGCAAAAAUUUCAUCAAUGUCCUGGGCCAAGGUGGAAAGAACAUUGCUGGCGGGGGUAAAGCAGUUCUGGGAGGAGUGCAGGGGGUCUUUGGUGCUGUGGCGACCGGCGUGGGCGGGGCUCCCAAAAAAUUGACUCCUGCUUCUCGACCUGCACCGCAAUUCUCAAGGACUGACACAGCUUCUUCCUCGAAUUUCAGGUACAGUCAGGAAUUGUCGAGACAAAGCACGGAAAGCUUGGAUGUCAAGCCUCCGCCACUCCCGCCCAGACAAGACGCCCAUACUUCGAGCCCGGCACGGCAUUCGAAGACGUCGUCAGUCUUAGGGGAUUCUACCCCGCCCUCGGAGGAGGUCCUGUCUACACCACCCCCACCGAGUAUGAUUCCCGACGAUUACGAGCCGCCCACUCUAGCCAAACCGGAGACUCCACCCCGGUCACGACAGGAUACGAUUGUGGCGAAUCCAGCACCACCAGCUCCGUCUUCCCAAAUGGAGGAAACAGGAAUAACACCUGCAUCGAGCCACGUGUCAACGACACCCCGACGGAGGGCGAAAAAAGAUAUCCCCAUCUCCGAGGAAGAGACUCGGAUCCUGGUCGAGCUGAUCUUUGCCAUUCUCACUGAGCUCUACUCACUCUCCGGGGCAUGGUCAAUUCGACUGUCUCUUCUGGGAGCUGCAAGAACGUUUCUCCUCCGGCCGAACAAUCCUCAACUCGAGUCGAUCCGGGUCCUUCUGCAGGAAAGUGUGGUCGAGACCAAUUUCUCUGAUAAAGGACUGGCCACCCAUAUCAACACCCUCCGAGAAAACACGUUACCGACCGAGGAAGAGCGUGCCAAAUGGCCGGAAGAGAUAACGUCGGAAGAGAAGGAGAAGCUUCGGAAGAAGGCACGAAAACUGCUGGUUGAACGAGGCAUGCCCCAGGCAUUGACCAGUGUCAUGGGAGCGGCUGCCACCGGCGAAGCCUUGGGCAGAGUAUUUGAUUGUCUGCAGGUGGAAAAUGUAGCGAGAGGAUUGAUCUUUGCCCUUUUGCUGCAAGCCAUCCGAGCUACAACGCAGUAG